AAAAAAAGUAAGGGGGGAAAUACGAGAUAGCUAGUAAACUCCUUAUAUAUUUGAUUCUUGUUCAGUAGUAAUAUUUCAUACAAACUCCUCACAAAAUUCUUUCACUCUUUUCUCCUUAGCUUAUAUUCUCUAUAUCAUUUCCCUUUCUUUCUUUUUUUGGCUAUAAGAGAAUAAUGGGAAGCAAGAAGCCAAAAGUAGUGAUAAUUGGGGCAGGAAUGGCUGGCCUUACAGCAGCUAAUAAGCUCUAUAAAACAGCAGGAUCCAAGGAAUUAUUAGAGGUGUGUGUAGUUGAGGGUGGUAAUAGGAUUGGUGGAAGAAUUAACACAUCAGAAUUCUGUGGUGACAGGAUUGAAAUGGGUGCUACUUGGAUUCAUGGAAUUAUAGGCAGUCCUGUUUAUAAGAUUGCUCAACAAAUUAACUCACUGCAAUCUCAGCAACCUUGGGAGUGUAUGGAUGGAGAUAUUGAACCGUUGACCAUUGCUGAAGGUAGACAUGAACUCAAUUCUUCCCUUGUUGAGUCCAUCUCUGACCUUUUCAACAAACUCAUGGAUUUUGCUCAAGGGAAAUUAGUCACUGAAGAUGGCGUAUCCAAUGAAAUUGCUAAAUCCAACAAUGGAUUAAGUCUUGGUUCUUUCCUUAGGAAAGGACUUGAUGCUUAUUGGGAAUCAGUGAAAGGCGAUCGCGAGGAUAUUGAGGUACAAGGGAUUGAUAAAUGGAGCAAAAGAUCACUUGAAGAAGGGAUUUUUGCAAUGUUUGAGAAUAUUCAAAGGACUUAUACAUCAGCUGGUGAUUUGCAAAUGCUUGAUUUCAGUGCUGAAAAAGAGUAUCGAAUGUUCCCUGGAGAAGAAAUUACCAUUGCUAAAGGCUACUUGUCCGUGAUUGAAUCUUUGGCAUCUGUUCUGCCACCUGGUUUGAUCCAAUUAGGCCGAAAAGUCGCAAAGAUUGAGUGGCAGCCUGAGGGUUCAUUACAAUUUGAAAAUGGUACUAAUAAUAAGGCAGUGAAGUUACAUUUUGUGGAUGGUUCAAUUAUGUAUGCUGAUCAUGUCAUAGUUACAGUUUCACUUGGAGUUCUAAAACAAGGGAUUAAUCAAGAUUCUGGUAUGUUUAAUCCUCCACUUCCUCAUUUCAAGACUCAAGCAAUCUCAAGGCUUGGUUUUGGUGUUGUAAACAAGCUAUUCUUGAAACUAAAUCCAACCCAUAAUCAAGAAUAUGGCAUAAAAUUUCCUUAUCUGCAGAUGGUUUUCCAUCAAACAAAACCAAACCCAAAAAUUCCUUGGUGGAUGAGGAGAACAGCUAAUUUAUGUCCAAUCUAUAGCAAGUCAAGUGUUUUAUUAUCUUGGUUUGCAGGUAAAGAAGCUCUUGAGUUGGAAUCUCUUGAUAAUGAAGAGAUCAUUGAUGGUUUUUCAAAAACUAUCUCUAGCUUUCUUUUAAACUCAAAACAUUUCAAGAAAUCAAAUGACUUGUGCUGCAAUGGGCAUGCAGAAAGUAACUUUAAAGUGGAAAAGGUGUUAAAGAGCCAAUGGGGAAGUGAUCCAUUAUUCUUGGGUUCAUAUAGUUAUGUAGCAGUUGGAUCAAGUGGAGAUGAUUUGGAUAUUAUGGCUGAGCCCUUGCCAAAAAGGACUAGCAUUCAUAAUUCAAAUGGUUGCUCUUCUCCUCCACUUCAAAUUCUGUUUGCAGGAGAAGCAACACAUAGAACUCACUAUUCAACAACUCAUGGUGCUUAUUUUAGUGGCCUAAGAGAAGCCAAUAGGCUUCUUAAUCACUAUCAUUUUAUGGAUAUAUGAUAUGAUAAUAUGUUUGUUUUUCAUUGCACUCAAUAGAGCCUAGGCAGGUUUUUUCUUGCUUUCUUUAUUUUCAUAUUUUUCUAUGUGUUUGUGAUGAAUUACUUUUUCCUUUCCUUUCCUAUAAUUUAACAAUUCUUGCUCUAUUAAA